CAGUUCCUCACAACGAAGUGAGCAGCCACUACUGUGCCCAGCAUCAUCCUCAUCCAGCUCGCUUCUCUUCUUCUCCAAGUAGAGCUGUUGUUGUAGUCAUGAGGAGCUUCCUGUUCGUGGUUGUUUCCUCAGCCCUGCUCGCUGCCGUCGCCUGCGCGCAGGAGCGGAAGAACUACGUGGUUCAUCUCGAGCCGAGGGAGGACGGCAACGCCGGCGACUCGGUCGAGCUGUGGCACCGCUCGUUCUUGCCGGAGGCGGCGGGGGGUGAUGGUCCGAGGAUCAUAUACUCGUACAGCCACGUGCUGUCCGGGUUCGCCGCGCGGCUCACCGACGACGAGGCUGAGGCGAUGAGGAAGAAGGAGGGGUGCAUUAGGCUGUACCCUGAGGAGUUCUUGCCGCUGGCGACCACCCAUUCGCCGGGGUUCCUUGGGCUUCACCUCGGCAGUGAUGGGUUCUGGAGCCGCUCCGGGUUCGGCCGCGGUGUGGUGAUUGGGCUCCUGGACACUGGGAUCCUGCCGAGCCACCCGUCCUUCGGCGACGCCGGGAUGCCGCCGCCGCCCAAGAAGUGGAAGGGCACCUGCGAGUUUAAGGCAAUCUCCGGGGGCGGAUGCAACAACAAGAUCAUCGGCGCGCGCGCCUUCGGCAGCGCCGCCGUAAACGCGACGGCGCCACCAGUGGACGAUGCGGGGCACGGCACGCAUACGGCAAGCACGGCCGCGGGCAACUUCGUCGAGAACGCCGACGUCCGCGGCAACGCCCAUGGCACGGCGUCCGGCAUGGCGCCGCACGCCCACCUGGCCAUAUACAAGGUGUGUACCAGGAGCCGAUGCUCCAUCAUGGACAUCAUCGCGGGGCUGGACGCCGCCGUCAAAGACGGCGUCGAUGUGCUCUCAUUCUCCAUCGGCGCAUCCCCUGGUGCGCCAUUCAACUACGACCUCGUCGCCAUCGCCACGUUCAAGGCCAUGGAGCAUGGCAUCUUUGUCAGCUCCGCCGCUGGCAAUGAUGGCCCAAUCGCCGCCACUGUGGGCAACGGCGCGCCAUGGAUGCUUACGGUCGCGGCCGGCACCAUGGACCGGGCGAUACGCACCACGGUGACGCUCGGCAACGGCCAGGUGUUCGACGGCGAGUCCUUGUACCAGCCCCGAAACAACACCGCCGGGCGCCAACUGCCGCUAGUGUUCCCGGGCCUGAACGGCGAUCCCGAUUCCCGCGACUGCAGCUCGCUGGUCGAGGAGGAGGUGAGCGGCAAGGUGGUGCUCUGCGAGAGCCGCAGCCUCGUCGAGCACGUCGAGCAGGGACAAACAGUGUCCGCGUACGGCGGCGCCGGCAUGAUCCUGAUGAACAAGCCGGCCGAGGGGUACACCACAUUCGCCGACGCGCACGUGCUGCCGGCGUCGCAUGUGAGCUACGCCGCCGGGUCAAAGAUCGCGGCCUACAUCAAGUCCACCCCGAAGCCGACGGCGAGCGUCACGUUCAAGGGGACGGUGAUGGGGUCGUCACCCGCGCCGUCCGUCGCCUUCUUCUCGUCCCGUGGGCCGAACAAGGCCAGCCCCGGCGUCCUGAAGCCGGACAUCACCGGCCCCGGCAUGAACAUCCUCGCCGCGUGGGCUCCGGGCGAGAUGCACACCGAGUUCGCCGACGGCGUCAGCCUCUCCUUCUUCAUGGAGUCAGGCACGUCGAUGUCCACCCCGCACCUGAGCGGCAUCGCCGCCAUCAUCAAGAGCCUUCACCCGACCUGGUCACCUGCGGCGAUCAAGUCGGCGAUCAUGACGUCGUCCGACGUCGCGGACCACGCCGGCGUGCCGAUCAAGGACGAGCAGUACCGCAGCGCGAGCUUCUACACCAUGGGCGCCGGCUACGUGAACCCCUCCCGCGCCGUCGACCCGGGCCUGGUCUACGACCUCCACACCAACGACUACAUCGCCUACCUGUGCGGCCUGGGGAUCGGGGACGACGGCGUGAAGGAGAUCACCCACCGCCGCGUCUCCUGCGCCAAGGUGAAGGCCAUCACCGAGGCAGAGCUGAACUACCCGUCGCUGGUGGCGAAGCUGCUGUCCCAACCGAUCACCGUCCACCGCAUCGUGACCAACGUCGGGAAGGCCAACUCCGUGUACACCGCCGUGGUGGACAUGCCCAAGGACGUGGCGGUCACCGUGCACCCGCCAGUGCUGCACUUCUCCAGGGUGUACGAGAAGCAGAGCUUCACGGUGACCGUGCGUUGGGCCGGACAGCCCGCCGUCGCCGGCGUCGAGGGGAACCUCAAGUGGGUCUCCGACGACCACGUCGUGAGGAGUCCGAUCAUGGUACCACCAGCCAAGGCCGUCGUGUAGCUUCGUCGUAGGCUACGAUCAAAUCGAGCAGCAUCUCUGCUUGUGUUCGGCACGAGUAGAAUGUACUCAUCAUUACGUGGCCGGUGUACGUAUGGCGACGACGUAGGUAUUACGGAUCGAUUUGUUGUAUAGGCUACGGGCUACCGAUCCAUCGUCUGUAAGACUGUAACAGCAGCAAACUCAGCUGCAAAUGCUAUGCAAUGGAGUUAUGUAAUGUAAAUACCGAAAAACAAGCAUCUGCUAUUCCAUUUCA